AUGGCCUCGGAGCUGCAUCAGCGGCAGCGUCAUGCCAAGUAUGAGGCAGAUGUAGAACUGGAGAGUGAAGAGAGAAGGGACGAGCGUGUUGUGGAAAAACUAGGGUACAAGCCAGUCUUGCACCGGUCGCUGACAGCGUUUCAGAAUUUUGCGACAAGCUUUGCUGCUCUUUACUUUGUCGGAGGCGUCCGCGUUACUUUUUCUACUGGCAUUGCCGCUGGUGGCAACUUGGCUUACUGGACGAGCUUUAUUGUUACGUGUAUUUUUACAUUCAUCACUGCUGCUGUUAUUGCUGAGAUUUGCUCGUCGCUCCCCCUUGCGGGCUCCAUCUAUCUCUGGGCUGCCGAAGCUGGGGGACCUCGAUAUGGGCGCCUCUUUGGCUAUGUCGUUGCAUGGUGGAGUACAAUGGCUUGGACAACGUUUUGCGCAAGCAACACACAGGCUGCUGUCAACUACAUGCUCUCAGAAAUCUCGGUCUUUGAACUCGACUUUCCUUCGGACAGCUCUAGUAUAAAGUUUCGCGCUGUACAGUGGAUUGCGACCGAAGUGAUGCUGGCGCUUGCUGCCAUCUGGAACCUUUUACCUCCUAGAUACUUCAAAUGGAUCUUCUACCUGUCUACCGGGACCGUCCUGCUCGACUUCAUUUUGAACUUGGUCUGGCUACCCAUCGCGACCAGCAAGACCUACGGCUUUCGCUCAGCCCACGAUGCAUUCAUGACUACUUACAACGGAACUGGGGCACCAGCCGGCUGGAACUGGUGUUUAUCAUACCUGGCUACAGCCGGCAUCUUGAUUGGGUUUGAUGCUUCUGGCCAUGUCGCUGAGGAGACAAAGAAUGCUAGUCUAUCUGCCGCAAGAGGAAUUUUCUGGAGCACUGUCGCCAGCGGCCUUGGAGGUUUUGCAGUCGUCAUUCUCUUUCUGUUUUGCGUUCCCGAUGCCAACACACUCUUCUCAUUUGGCGGCGCUCAACCGUUCGUACCUCUGUACGCUGCUAUACUUGGUGAGGGGGGACAUGUUUUCAUGAAUAUCAUCUGUAUUGUUGCAUUGUGGUUUAACACGGCGAUUGCGAUUCUUGCCGCGUCACGAUUGGUAUUUGCUGUUGCAAGGGAUGGCGUCCUGCCGUUCUCACCAUGGGUGGCCAAGAUGGUUAAUGACCAGCCUCGAAAUGCUGUGCUCGUGGUUUGGGGCACUGCAUCAAUUAUUACCUGCACAAUUUUACCGUCGGCUGUCGCAUUCACCUCGUUGGUCUCGGCUGCCGGAGUGCCUUCAGCCGCUGCAUAUGGACUGAUUUGCCUGGGUCGCCUUUUUCUGACACCGAAAAAGUUCCCAAAGCCCGCAUGGAGUCUUGGUCGUCUGAGCAAGCCUUUUCAGGCCAUUGCCGUCUUGUGGAAUGGCUGGGUCGUGGCUGUCUUGUACUCGCCUUAUGUUUUCCCUGUCACUGCCGACACUCUCAACUACGCUCCAGUCAUUAUGGGUAUUGUCACCAUUUCUGCAAUCUUGUCCUGGUGGUUUAUCCCAUCUGAGAAAUGGCUUCCCAGUAAGCGAAUUCAAGAGACACUGGAUGCAGGGGAGAGCAGCGAGAGUAUUACUUGA